CCCCUCAUGAUGUGAUUGCGCCCUGUUUGGCCCACAAGAAGAGCGUCUCCUGCGAGCCCGCGCUAUCAUACAAGGUGUGUGGCUUAUGGUCGCUCUCGUUCAACGUCUAGACUUGCUGCGGCAACUCGUAGUCGACUGGCUCCAUCUUGGCCGUCCGCCCAAGCUGCGUCACUUCAGGAUAAAUGCCAUAGCUUCCCGUCAGCCGCCAGCAGGCAUGGAGGUUGUCCGGAAGGUGAUUCCCGAUACAUCCAAUGUGCCGCUCACAGCGGUGGCACAGACACUCGGGUUCUACUGAUUACAAUGUCAAAAUGUAGUGACCUGGUAGCCAGCAUCGCUAUUGGCAGAGUAUCAAGAAUUAUUU